AUGUAUAUGAGUCGAUCUGUCAAUCCUUUCCAUCGACAAAACGGUUCAACAAUAUCACUGCUGCAGGUUCAUACUAUGACAUCAGAAUUGCCUUCAAACCUUAACCUUUUGAUGAGUGUUAUGAACGACGAAUCAAAAUGUCACACUCCGUUUUGUGCUAAAGAUUGUACCGUUGACCAUCAUAACUUAAUCAAGGCCUUGUGUAUCGAGAAAAACAGGAAAGAAAAUUCUCGUUUUUCUUCAAAGUCUCAUGUUCUUCUCAGGCAGUGUAUUCAGUUGUGCGAACAGAACGGCUGGGAUCGUAACAGCGCAAUUCCUGAUGAUCUUCCCGAGCUGAGGCAGCCUUUGCUGUACUUAACUUGUGCAUUUGGAAAGCACCGAGUUCUAGAAACUCUACUCAAACUUGAGUUUGAUGUCUCUGUCGUGACAAAAGAUGGCAAAAAUUGUUUACACGCGCUUGUCGACCACUUCUACCGUGUUGGUAACUUAAAGCAAUGCGGUGGUUUUAUGGCCAUUGACAAGAGACUAGAUGUCUUUGAAACUAUUGUAAGUACAUUAUGUGUUCGAGAGCCAAACAUUUUCUCGAUGAAAGAAAAUAUAAACGGUAGAACUCCUUUGCAUACUGCAGCGGAAAGCGUUGUGUGUACAACCAAGCAGUCACGUGUGGAUGGAGCGCGCUGCGAUCGCUUUAAACGAGCGAAAUAUUUUCAGCGUUGUCUAGAAAUUAUGCUCGAACGUAUUCUUGAUCUUAAACGCAAUUCUUUGCUCCCUCAUGAUAAACUUAUGGAAGCCAUCGCAGCUCAGAACGAUGAAGGAAACACCAUCUUACACAUCUUAGCAAAGAGCUCAUCCCUUCCUGGCUGGGAAUCCAUCCAGUACAUAUUGACAAAUUUUGGCGAUACCGAAUUUCCCUUCAUCAAGAACAAGCACUCGCGAACGGCGUUUGAGAUACUCUCGAGUACAAACACAACUGUUGCGAGAAAGUUGUUCUAUCCAAACGACUUUGGCAUUAUGGAAGAGAAAAGAGGUAAGUUUGAGUUUGCUUUGUUAUGAAUGUCUUGUCAAAGAACUUUCAAGCGGCAACUUUACCCUCAACAGUACCCUGCAAACAAAGUAUCCUUCGAUCUUCCUAGAUAAGAUAGGAAGAGGAAGGAGCCUCUGCCGACCAGUCUCGUUCCCAGAGGCCGCAAUCCUUUUAUACGGUGACGGGGAUCACCCCAUCCGCUGGACAAAAGUAAUGGAGGCUCUGGGGCGAGAUUGUCUGCCGACUGCCUCAACAAUUAAUAUUGAGCAUGCCCCAAAUUCAAAUGUAACCAAAUCUCUUAGCCUUGCUUUCAAACUAACGACCGCACGACUUCUUGAAGUUGCGAUUCAAAACAAAUGCAAAUAAGCUUUUAAAAUCUUGGAAACUUGAAUUCUAGUCAGAGUCUCAUGAUCGUAUUUUAAAUUAAUGUUAUUAAUUGUUAUUAAGUUUUGGGGGGUAUUUAUUAUAUACAUAAAAAAAUUUAUAAUCUAGUUAGCUGACACUGGUGAAGCCAAGAGAGUGCUCUAAAAUGAAGAAGCGGUAAUAUCAGCAGUUAUAUAGACAACUCAAUAUGAGCUCAUAUUGGGUAGUCUAUCUGCUGAUACAUAAAAAAUUAUGUACAAGAAGACUGAUGGAACUGGCUUAAAUCUUGUGCAUUUAUUGCUAUUGAGAGUUUCAGGCAGCUGCCAAAAGUAAUGGUUACAUUUAAAGAUAUAGGGAAAACAGAAAAGUAAAUAAAUUAAUACUAGGCAUGGUGAAUCAUACUGCUAAUUAAGUGAUUGUUAUAAAGGUCAUGUUAAAUUUGCAACAAAAUCUAAUAAUCAAAAAAAUCUAAUAAUCAAAUUAGGGCCAUGUUCAUUAGAAAUUUCUUUGAGUGUCUGCAACCGGAGGUUAGUUUAAAUUUGACAUGACCUUUGACAUGAUGCUCUAUGCAUAAGUUUCAAGAGGAAUACUUGCAUGUGCACUGCAAUCAAUCAUAACAGGGAUUAGAGGAGCAAUGACUUAAGUACUAACACAGCUACAAAAACAAUUAACUAGAAUACUACCACAGUUAACCACACUUUAUCUUCUUGGCAACAUUUCGUCAUUUGGAUCAUGUUUACCCCAAAGCUACUAUGUAGUAUCCUAACAAUAUUGGCAAAGAAAAUGGAAAACUGUUAGUCAAUUCACCCCGACAGUCUCCCUCAAACAAUUUUGUCUUUGCCAUUUCGCUUUGUCUCUUGAUGUUGAAAAGUGAGUCCAGAAGACAAUGUUUCAAGUUACCAAACGUUAUACUGAACAGGAAAACCUAAUAACUUGCGUAAAUUGGAUGCAUGUAAUUUUUUUCUUCUUUGCAAUGACUGGAUGCCUGCAAGUGUGCACGCACAGUCAGUGGUAGUCAACACAGCACAUGAGUAACCGAUGUUCUUAUAGAAUUCAGAUUUUACAAGCACAAAAACACGUGUGGAAUUUGUGAAGUCUCAAAGUAUUUUACAAGAAAACAAGUCUGGUGACCCCCUAUUUUUAUUGCUUUGAAAUUUUUUUAGAGUAAUUGAAAGGAACCAUUAGAGAAAAAAUGAAAAAACUCUAGGGAAGGAAAUUUCUACUGAAUAAAAAUGCUAUAUUUUCUGCUUUUGCAAAAAAUCUGCUCUGGAGAAUUUUUUUUAAAUAUCACUGUGCAGUUUCCUUUUCUAAUGCGAAAAGUUGUUGUCCAAAUUAAGGUUGGGGUCACCAGCUCAGCUUUCUAGUUAUCAGUUCUGUAAGCUAAAAUGUGGGGCCAAACAAUCCUUAAGAUAUGUUGCCAGGGUAACUGCUAUAGACAAAAAUAAUGGUUGUUUUAAGUCAGGCAUUCAUUGUAUAAUCUAAAUCUACAAAAGUGCUGUUGUGGCUUUGACUUGCUUUUUAUUUUAAAGUAAAAACUGUCAAAAAGUGGGGGUAACUGGCAUGAGCCACCUUAAAAAAUUAGUUCCUGCAAAACAGUAUAGUUCAAGAACCCUGUUUAAAUCAAAUCCCCAUUCACAAGUCAUGCUUAAUUCCAAAAACCCUUUCACAUGCACAUAAAAAUAAAUUGUUUUACGAUGCAUGGACAAUGAACCCUUGGGCUAGCACUAUUUGAAGGUACUGGUUUAUACAUUAACAGUUGUUUUCAAACAAUUUUAUUAAGCCCUUACUAACUGAGUGCAAGCUGCGCCAAUUGCUUGGUCAUAUUGACCAAACGUUAUGGCAGUAUAGGACGUUACUGCAUUCAGCUUAUUCCGUAUGUAGAGGGUCUGUCCAAAAUCCAGUUGAGCCAAGGGGCAAUUUUUCUCCCAGCAAUAAACUACCCCUCCAAAACACAUAUUAAGCUAUGGUACUAUUUUGUGUUUGCCCUAGACUCUGUUGUCACUUCACCACUUAACUCUGACCCACAUCAAAACUCUGAGGUAUCUGUAUCUGGGGAGAGUUCAAGCACACCUUGCUCAGAGUCAAGAAACGGCUGUAAUCAAAGGGUAGCAGUCAAAGAUGUAUGGAGUAAAGCAGGGCAAGUCAAAGGAACCCUUACCAAGGGAAUGCAGCAUGGCUCAACACUUACAUGUAAAUCACUUGAAUCUGUUGUUCUUUCUCUUCAUAACACAGCUAAGGGUACCAAAGAAAUGUCCUCGCCAAAUGCAGAUGAAUGUGAUAGUCACUUACACGAUGCUGUAAGAAUACAGUUAUCACCAGAAUGUUCUGCCAUUAAUUGCAUACAUCCCACAAUUUUGCAAAAUGGUGACCAGUCCCAUACUGAUAGUGAUGAAGGUGUAGUGUUACCAGUCUUAUCAAGUGAAGGUCCUUACCCUGUUUUCCUGCCUAAUUUUCAAACAUGUGGGUCAGAAACAAAUGGAACCAUAUCUCCACUACAAGAAGACAUUAAGCAGGAAGUAGCCUUAAACCUAUCCCCAAGUGAUGUUCCUUCAUCAUCUCCAAACAAUGUGGAGGUUGAGGUUCAUGGUAGUGCGUCACCAUCAGCCUUAGACUCUUGGACACAGAGGCAUGAGAUUGACGAAACUACAGUUACAGCUGCUGCGUCAAAUGCACUAUCCUAUGCAGAGUGUACAACUGAAAGUGCCUCUGAAAAUGAAUGUGGCACUUCUAACGCUAGCGAUCCAGAAAAAGCGGAGGCAGAAGGAGGGAUUAUAAAGGCAUCAUCCAAAGGGGACAGUGCUUUUUUUGAUUUUCUAUUGACACAGGAAAGGGAAUUUAACCCAGCAAUGAAGUUUCAAAUUGUGGAGCUUAUUAAAAGUGAGUAUGGAAAGAAAAUGGCAGUCUUCAAUUCGGAAUUAUCUCAAACAGAGAUAGAAAAAAGACGCUUAGAAGCAGAAAUUCAAAGUUCCCGGAUGAAAUUGCAACAGAAAGAGGAGGAGAAAUUGAGGCUGUUCACUGAUAUUGACAAUCUCCAAAAGAGCAUUGCUGUCGCAGUGGAAAGACAAAAAAUGCUGGCUGAGCAAGCCAAGAAAUUAAAAGAAGAAUCUAAAGCUGUUAAGCGGAAAAUUUCCUCAUGUGAGGAGGUUGAAAGAGGACUUUGUUGUAGUCCAGCUAUUAAAAUGAACAAGUUGGCAGAAAGGUAA